AAGUUUUGCCAUUCACCAGCUGAUCAACAUCAUCAAAAUUCUUCUCUUUUUCCCACAUUCACAUUCUCACGGCCAAAAUAAGAAAUCAUUGCAAUUUGUGUCGCAAUUUUCAAAAUCUGAAUCAUUUACGCGCUUCAAAGAAUUUGCUGAAAUGGAUACAAGGACUGGGAGGAGUUCAUGUCCCGCAAACACAUCAAAAACGAGUUGAAAGGAGCCCAACAGGAAAUUCUACAGCAGGACAGAGAAGGAACAGUUGCAGAAGAGGCCAUGGAAAAAUCAACAAGAAGUUAAAAAACCAUGCGAUUUCUGGAGGAGAGACACGUCGCCAUCGUGGUCGACCUGCUCGUUUGGUCCCACAGGAUGGACCUGCUCGCCCUGUCCAACGUCAGGGGCGAGGUGACCCUGCACAGGCUGACCUGGCAGAAGGUUUGGACCCUGGCGCCGCCGAGCAAGGGCGUCAAGGUGACCGCCAUGGCGUGGCGACCUGACGGAAAAAUCCUGGCCAUCGCCUAUUCGAGCGGAGAUUUUUUCCUGGUGGACGUUGAGAAUGCCGAUGUUGUGCACAAAUUGCAGACAAAUGGGGAAGUGUCCUGUCUUACCUGGCAGGAAAACAAGACCUUUGAGAUAAAUGUGGCGAAGAAAGAGAUGAUCUCAUUUCUCCAGGAGGAAAAUCCACAGUUACUACCCCCACUGCCAACCCUGUCGAGGAGCUUCGGUCCAAUUAGUAAAGAAGAAAACGCUGAAGACUCGAAGCAGAUCAACAGCCAAACAAAACCGAAUCUCCUCGUCUGCGGAACAGUGGACGGAGAAAUCACGAUGUUCGCCCUGGGCCUGCUGUCGUGCGGCACAAUCAACCUGAGCAGCCACCUGGACGGCCAGAAAUGCCACGUCCUGUCUGUAAAAAUGGACCCGUCCUUCAAGAACCUGCUGGCCGUGGUCGCGGUCCAGAACCCUGACCUCUCCUGGGUCGUGCAGCUCAUGCAUUUCGACUUGUCCAAAAUUGAAAAGCAUUCUGAAGAGCUGCUUAUCCUGGCCAAGCAAUACGGCCUCAUCCUCAGCCAGGUCGGCUACCUGGGACAGACGAUGAGCUCCAUCACCGAGGCCUGGGAGAAUAUUCUCAUGGAGAUGGACUCGAGCCUUGCCAACUACGCCUCGCAAGUCGAACCAGGCGCUGUUUCUGCUGAUUUUCUCGAGCUGCUCAUGUUUGGCACCGCCAGCCCUGAAUUACAAACGUUUCUCCUGAGCGACCUGACAGAAAGAGGUUUAAAGAAGCUAGGCAACUCAAUUGAAGUGUCGUACAUCAACAUCCAAAAGCUGGUUCUGAAGCAUCUGCAGGCCGUCUCAGCCGCAAUCUACUUCCACGUGACCGGUCUGUCCGGCAUGGCCAACGAAAAAGCCUACCAGGAAAUCGGGCUGUGCCUCGAUCUCGUGUCCGAAGCGUCCGUCUCGGCCGCCGCAUUUAUUUCCAAAGCGACCGAGGUGCAACAGGUGAUCGACUCGUCGAUGAAAAACUACAAAGCCUUCUUCCGGUGGCUGUACGCGGCCAUCCUGCGGCUGUCGGACGAACGCGUGCCGCCGGAAAUGGUCAAGAUGCGGCAGCAGGAGCUCACCUUCAUCGCCGAGUUCCUCGAGAAGUUCGACGAUGCGCAGGAGGGCGCCGACGGAAAGCCCAAAUUCAAUUUGGAGCGGCUCGGACAGUACCUGGUCGACAAGGAUCUGACCACGCCCAAGGACUCGUCAGGCAACCACUGGCACCAGUUCCUCAACGGCGACCCUGAGCUCAAGAAUAAUCCCUUCAUCGUGCCAAAGUUUGAAAACAUGUCGUUGGUGCAGCAGCACAAGCACCUGCUCUCGGCCCUGACGCGCCUCUUUGAGCAUCCGUCGAGAGCCUUCGACACGCCCAUUUUGCAGACUAAACGGGUCCACGAGACGAAGGAUCUGGCCCAGCUGCGACUGACGACGCACUGCUUCGAUCACCGCUUCUACAUGGCCAUGAUCGACAAGCAGGAGGCCGCGGACGUCCUCAGGUACGCCGAGGUCUGCCUCAGGUCCUUCCUCGACCCUGUCCGAAGAGCCUUGUUCAGAUUUUCAGACGAGGUCGAACACAGGGUGCUGGACGUCCAGUUUUUCUCGGAAGAGACGAUCUCCGUCUUGCUGGAGCAGCAGCAGGACAAUAAAAUGGCAGUUUUCCUGCAGUUUCCUCUUAAAAUCGCCGUCGAGCAGGCCCUAGUCUUUUUCCCUAGAGAGGGCGUGGAAGCCACUCGACUGCUGGAACCGAACUCGUUAAAGCCGCUCGAAAACAUGGUCGGUGCUCAAAUUGCGGUGAAUGGCGAGCGAAAGGUGGCGGUCGUCCUGAGCGAGAGCAGACGCAGGGUCCGCCUGUUCGAGAUGGAGGUUGAGGAGGACGACGAAGAAGACGAGACCACCCUUAACUCCACACGGGAAAGUGAUAAUACUGAUAAAUGAUGCAUUUUUGUAGUUUUCUGCACACUGAUAAAAAGAUUAUAAACUUGAAA